CAUCACUGCAGAGGCUGUGUUUUUCUACAUUCCAGAUCCCGGUAGCCUGGAUUUCAGGGUAUCCUGCACGUAGAGGAGUCCAUCCUUCCUCAGUAGUGCAUUUCCGAUGGCCCAGCUUUCAAAGCUCUUCAGCCUAAAACUUGGAUCCAGCAAACCCCCUACCUCCUGCUCAGCUUCAGAGUUCUCACUCCCCUGGGUUCCUGGCCUGGAAGGUGCAGUUCCUGCCCCUAAGCGGGCUCCGCAGGAAUCCCCUCUGCUGAGUAGGCUAGCUCAGAGCCACUCCCCUCUGGGAGCUGGGCGGCUGCGGCUGCCCGGCCCCGCCUCUGUUUCUUGGGCAACGCAGUACACAAACUCUGGGCCUGGUGGCGCUCCUGAGAUGUGCUUCCUUAAAGCAGAGCCACUGCUUAACUACUCCUUUGGAACAUGUCAACAUAGGAAGAUCUUUCCUCACUUCCAUCCUCCAAACUUUUUGGGAAACAAAUUCCCCCCUAUUAGAGGAGCUCCCAACAGAGGGCCUGGAUGUUACAUAGCAGAAGAUGAUGUGACACCUUACCCAGGCAUGUACCAGACAGUCAAUGUUCGAGAGCAAACACACAAACCAAAUUUUGCUCCAUUUAAUGUCUUGUUGCCUCGCUUUCAGACUUACUCAAAGGACUCUUAUUAUCCUGGCCCUACCACAUACAACCCAGAGAUAAAGCCACCCAAGAGAGUCAGAUGGCCAAUGAAAUUUGGAUCUCCAGACUGGGCUCAGGUUCCAUGUCUACAGAAAAGAACUCUGAGAGCUGAGCUGCCCACAGACAAAGACUUUAGAAAGCAUCGGAACCGUCUGGCCUACCUAAGCCUGUACUAUGACUGAGAAGCUGCGACUCCCUUCACGUGCUCCUCCUGACCACGAAUUCUCCAGGACAGAACAAUGCAGAGCACAGAGGUGCUCUUGUCCUUCUGCAUUGCUCUGACCUUCCUGCCUGCCGGCAUGGGGCACAGGGAGGGGCAAGGGCCUCAUAAAUACUACAUGACUGU